AUGCUGCCAGAGCUGCUCACCCAUAUCGCAUCCCACCUGGACGCACCCGACAUAUUUCAAUGCGUCCAGGUCUGCCACACUUGGAACAGGCUGCUUAUCCCGUAUCUAUGGCGCACCCUUGACGACCAGUGCUUCCAAUGGCCCUCUAUCCUACAUCAACAUGACUCGGAAACACCCCCAGGAGGCAAGGACAGGGAUUGGAUCUUUGCGCUCUUUGCUAAGUACGGUCACCAUAUCCGACAUCUGCACAUCCGCUGGAAAGUCGUCUUGAGCGCUGCUGGUUCCGGAAACAAUUGCACUCAGCUCCGGAGUCUCUGCAUCUACGAUAUGACUAAUGUUCGGACAUCAGUCGAGGCGGCCGAGGACGCCCGACUUUGGACUCUUCCUCCACAGAGCAACGGACGAGCAGCGUUUGACCGGGCCCGUCAAGGAGCAGUAGGACCUCUCCUUUCCCCAGCCUUUGAAGGCGUCUUCCAGCCUGCCCCAGUUCGUCUCAGGAGUUUGCCGCAGCAGGAGCAGGAUUGGAUCACCCACCAGAGGUUCUGGCUCCUCGUUCGUCAGAAUCCAGGAUUGCGGGUGCUUCGGUCGCACUGGAGUCUUUUUCAACUCUCUCGGAUAAAGCUCAUGGAGUUCUUUUACGAGACGCUGGCGAUGUUACCCAACCUUCGCAACAUUGACAACCAAAUCCUUUGCGUCGACUUUGGACAUCUUUUGGCACGAGUGCCGAAUCUCCAACAUUAUACAGCGGCGUUUUUGUACAUGGACAGCAUACCCCUGACCAAGCUGUUUCAAGGGCUUCAAACCCUCCGGAUACCUGGUCGCCUUCCAAUUCGGAUUUUCUUCAACCUGCUGAACCACUUACCUGGUCUUGAACACAUCUACUUUGGAUGCUUCGAACUUGGCGAGGAUUCGGACGUCUCCAGUGGUCUGACCAACACACCAUGUCCGCUCAAGGGUAUCCACUUUCUCGACAGCAAUACAGGAGACGAAGAGCAGAUGCCGAUGCAGGUCCUUCCAUGGCUCCCGAACCUGACUGGGUACUCCGCAGCUCGUCUCACCGCAACUGCAGCGAUGGCUCUGGCACGAUUUUGCCCCAAACUCAAAGUCUUUGAGCAGGGAUUCAGCGGAGAUACGACACACAGUGAGGCACGGAUGGUCACAGACGACAAUACCAUCGGUCUUUUACUCGGGACCUGUCCCAACCUCAAGAAGAUCGACGCUCCUCACCACAGGAUCGAUGUCGGCUACAUGAACCAUUUCAACUGGGUCUGCCAUGGACUGGAAUCACUGCGUUGUCAGCUCGUUGGAUUUUCGCGCCUGGACAGUGCUGAGCAAGAAUUGUAUCAGAGGAUCAUUGGAAGCGACCCGGAUCUCAUCGACAUUGCAGAGAUGCAUGAGGAGCACCAGGGUCUUCUGGACAAGGCUUUGCUUUGCAAGCUACAACAUACUCAGGUCUACAAGCAAUUGGCCCUCAUGACUCGACUGCGGGUUCUAGAUCUCGGAUACGAGUUUAGGAACGUCUACUUGGGCACGCGCACCAACUUUCGCAAUCAGACCGCACUCAUCAACAUCGCGGUCACCAACUUCUUGCGCGCCCACCUCCCACCCGAGCAGACGGAUGGAGAUGGUUACAUUGACUAUGGCGGGCCACACCGUGAGACGAUGAGGCUUACGUUGAAUUCGGGGCUUGCUCGGCUAGGAACUCUGGUCAAUCUGGAGGUGUUUGGGUUCGAGGGUGUGGAUCAUCAGAUAGCGGAGGCAGAGCUGGAGUGGAUGGCUAGCGCUUGGCCCAAGUUGAAGGUGAUGCGUGGAUUGCAGGAGGAUACGUUACCGCGGAUCCGCCCAGGUGAGAGGAAGGCUGGACUGAGAGCGUUUAUGUACCGGCUGCGCCCGGAAGUGAAGCAUGAGGGAGGAGCUCCUGAUUACGGUCCUUAUCUGACUGAGAUCAUCACAGCAAUUGGAUCCUUCCUUCCUCGCAGUUCCAUCGUCGCCUGUCUACAGCUCAACUCCUCAUUUCACUCCCUCCUCGCACCAUUCAUCUACAACCACCUCAAACUAUUCUCACGCCGUAGCGUCGCAAAGUUACCCACUACUCAGACACUGGUCCGCUACGCACACCUCGUCCACGACCUCAGCAUCAACUCCUUUGUAUCGUUAGCAUAUCUCACAGCAGGAUACAAGAACCUGCGGUCCAUCUCCUUCUCGAGCCACAAGGGAAACCAAGCUGCCCAACUCGGGACCGAUGACGAAAUCUUGGACGCCCUGUUGCAACUUUUACAGGACAACCCCAGAUUGAAGGGCUGGACGCUGGACGACCCAUGGCCUCAGAUUCCGGCUGUUGUCUGGAAGGCAGUUGCAGAGUCGACGACAGAACUGAAUGUGCUGUGUCUCUACAACACGAUCGUCAGCGAUGAAGCGAGGCCGUGGUUCCUGAAGGCUUGUCGGAAGACGCGACAGCUCGUCUUGCAGAACGUGACCAUUCAGGGAUCCGAAUCAAGCAACAAUUUUACAGGACACGCCGACACUCCUUCUUUCUCUCCACAGAGUAUUCAAUUCAAUAAUGUGUCGGGCUUACCCAUGCUGGAUCAAUUGGAAUUCCUUUGUCGGUGUCUGCAUCUGCAGGAUGUCUUCUGGGAACCCGUCUCACAGGAUAUCCACCAACAACUACAACAGGCUACCGAGCAGGAAGUUAUGUCCAUGCGAGAAGAGAUUCGACGUUUUUUCCAACGUACGACUUGGCCCCGUCUGAAAUAUGUUACUUUCCGGAAGUACGGUGACUAUUCCGACAGUUCUCUGGCAUCGAUCCUGAUGAUCGAGAUCCUGAACCACAUUCUGGAGAGCAUUCAAGCUGGACUACUGGAGCAACUCGUCUGUAUGGGCUCAGUUCUCGGCACGGCGGGUUUGAGAUCCCUGUCAAGGCAGUUCUCGAACCUCAGUAUCCUGACUGCGAGAGGGUGUGCAGCGAUUUCGAGUCCAGUGGUUCAACAUUUAUUGGAGUCGUGCCCACAGCUGACAACGAUUGACGUGACCGAGCUGCAUAUCCGGGAUAUUCGUAGGGGUGGGCCUUGGGUCUGCACACGGAUGGUGGUCCUCCACUUCAGUUUCAACCUAUGGCUCGAGAAAGACGAUGUCGGCUGGCGAGACUUUGCUUGCUCUCCUUUGGCGGACACGGACCAGGAUGAAUUGGAAACAGCGCGGUUUAUUCAAGACCAACACUACGUGUUCGAUCAACUUUCAAGAUUAACAGCGUUGGAGCACUUGGAUGUUCAGGUGUUUCCGCUUCGGUUCAACGGCGUAGCAAGGUCAGGAGGUUCGGAGAUGCUUCACUAUGGGGAACUCGACUUUCGGUCCUCGCAUGGGUUGGAAAUGCUCUCGACGCUGAAGGAGCUUCGAUGCCUCAACUUUUCUGGGACGUUCCAGAGGCUGGAGUGGGAAGAUGUGCGGAUGAUGGUUGCGCAGUGGCCCUUGCUUUAUUGCCUGAGUGGAAGAUUGUCUUCUGACGAAGGGCUCGAUACCGGCCUUUGGGGGUUCCUUGAGGAGUACGACAUUGACAGGGGACUAUUGGAUUCUAUGAAGAGCUGGAAGCAGAUGGUCAAAAAGGAUACGUGGCCUAAUAUCCGAGUCAUCAAGCUAGGCGAGCAGAAGGACAUGCGAAGGAGAUUCCUUGACAUGGAUGACGCGACGGACGAGGCGAUCUCUUACCUCCUGGAUUUUGUCCCCAUCAACCAGUUGACGGAGUUCGACGGUGUAGCCCCUGGAAUUUGGCCGCAAAUGGUCCGUCUUGAGGUGGAUCAUCUGAAUGUCCAGGAUAUCCGAAAUGGCCGGCCUUGGGUGUGCUCUCGCCUUGAGAGUUUUUCAGUGAAGCUGGACCUGAGGCGCAUUGAGACUGAUGAGGAGGCAGGGGGUCAGACGUAG